AUGAAAACACUUGUUGGGAUGACUCCCUUUCAACUAGUCUAUGGCAAAUCUUGUCAUUUACCGGUGGAGAUGGAGCACAAAGCUUAUUGGGCCCUGAAGUUCUUGAACUUUGAUUCUACCUUGUCUGCAGAAAAGAGGAAGUUGCAAUUACAGGAGUUGGAAGAAAUGAGAUUGACAGCUUAUGAUAACUCCAAGAAUUACAAAGAGAAGGUUAAGUUGUAUCAUGACAAAAAGCUCUUAAAGAGAGAGUUUCAACCUGGCCAACAAGUUUUACUCUUCAAUUCAAGAUUCAAAAUUCUUCAAGGCAAGUUGAAAUCAAAGUGGUCUGGACCGUUCAUCAUAAAGGAGGUAAAGCCCCAUGGGGCUAUUGAGUUGGUUAACUCUGCAGCAGAUGAUCCAAACAGAAGUUGGGUGGUAAAUGGAUAG